CUGCCUGUCAGCUGCUUGCAAUCUUAAAAUUUAUAAUCGGAGUUUUUAAUUGAAAAUAUUAAAUUUUCUACUUCCUGAUAACUUCUAUUGUGGUUUAAAUGGAUGACAAUUGAGUGGGGUGCAUAUUAUUAGUGCUUAUCGGUGCCUAAACAUCGACGCAUCACCAUGCCAGGCACAAAUCUCAUAGUACCCGUUGUGCUCUGGGGCAAGUACGCCCCAACCCACUGUGUCUCAGCCGUAUACCUGUCCAGAGACCAGAAGACCCUUGUCACGGGCUGCUAUGACGGCCAGAUCUGCAUAUGGGCAGUGGAUCCGGAGUCGUUGAAGAUGACGCCUCGCUGCUUGCUCGUGGGGCACACCGCUCCGGUUACUUGUUUGUCCAGAGCUUCAAUAAUUCAGGAUAAUAACUUCAUUGUGAGCUCUUCCGAGGCCGGGGAGAUGUGCACCUGGGAUCUCGUAGAUGGAAAGUGCCGUGAGAGUGUUAAACUUUCUCAGAUACACACUAAUAUACAGGCAUACCACAUGUGCAACAGCGACGACUUAAGGCUGUUCUGCAACGGCUACUACGCAGAGAUUCUGAUCAUGGACCCGUUCUCCUUGGAGAUCCUGUUUUCGCUCAGCUCCAAGAUGAACCCGGACUGGAUAUCUGCAUUGCAUGUGCUCCGACCAUCUUCGAGGAAAGACGACGUCGUUUUGGCUAUUUCGAUUACUGGAACAGUUAAAGUAUGGUCCCUCUUAGGCCACGAAAACAAGCAAUCCGAGCCGAUAUACGAAAACGAGUCGAAACAGAUCCGCUGUCUCAACGCGUUAUCACUCAACUGCUGUGCUUACAACCAGCGGACAGUGCUCAUUGUGUGUGCGAAGUAUUGUCAGAUAUACGAUGCCGGUGAUUUCUCCGUUCUCUGCUCGAUCCAAGCGCCGACGGGCGAGCGCUGGAUGUCGGGCGACUUCCUGGCGCCCGACCGCGUGCUGGCGUGGUCCACGGAGGGCAAGGGCUACCUCUACCGGCUGCCCGCCAACAAACUGCGCGGACGGGUUAUCAGUAGCUCUGUACCGGACCACAAAGGUUUCCAUGGGCCCACUGUGGCCCAUGAUAGCCCAGUCCUGUUUGGUAUCUUGGCCCACCCUGAUAAUAAAUUACUGUCAUGCCCGCCCGCAAUGCGUUUUGUGAUUACGUCAGUGGGAGGCAAACAGCGGCGUUUGUUGCUUCGGGGCGACUCUCUAGGGACUGUGUCCGUUUGGAACGUGGACGAUGCUGCUACGCCGGCGGUGGGGACUAUUCCAUCCCACGCGCCCAUUGUGCUGACCAGCCUGGAUAUGGCCUGGGCGGAGAUGAACCCCAGCCCUGUUGGUAUCCUGGACCAAUUGCACCACCCUGAGGAACCCGAAGUAAAACUCACGGCUUCCAUCUACCUACUGGCAGCUAACCGUCUGGUAGUAGGCCGAGAAGAUGGCUCGAUUGUCAUAGUCAACGCCACACAUACUGUACAACUCCAGUUAUUGCAUGGGAAUCAUCAACAAUUGGAUGAUUGGCCGCCGCAUCAGCUACUGCACGGUCAUAACGGAAGGGUCAACUGCCUUCUGUACCCCCACCAUGUUCAUCCAAGAUACGACAGAUCCCACCUAGUUUCCGGAGGCAUAGACUUCGCAGUUUGUCUGUGGGACCUAUUCAGUGGUCAACUAUUGCACCGUUUCUGCGUCCACGCGGGGGAGAUUACGCAGCUCAUUGUUCCACCGCAUAACUGCUCUCCCCGAAUCCAGAAGUGUAUUUGCUCCGUUGCAUCCGAUCACAGCGUUACAUUGUUAAGUUUGGCCGAGCGGAAAUGCGUGACACUCGCUUCACGCCACCUGUUUCCGGUCGUCAGUAUAAAAUGGCGGCCAGGCGACGAUUUCAUGGUAGUCGGAUGUAGCGAUGGCACCGUCUAUGUGUGGCAGAUGGAAACCGGCCAUUUGGACAGAGUGUUGCAUGGUAUGAUAGCGGAAGAAGUACUAGCAGCAUGUGAUGAAACGGUUGCUGACGAUCUUGGAGGAUCGUUGGUAGCAGGCGGUGGUGGCAGCGAUCUACAAGGCGCUGCUAACCCUGCUGUGCAUUUCUUCAGAGGCCUCCGUCAUCGCAACCUAAACGCAAUGCGUGCUGCGACCCAGCGCGGCAUCGCGGCGCUGCAGGCGCCCGCGGGCGGCGGCGGCGCGGGGCCGCUGGCCGAGCCCGCGCGGGCGCGCCGCGCGCAGCUCACGGUGCAGGGCUUCCGGAGCAACCCCAAAGAUCCGGAGAGCCACAUCCUCUUCUUCGACAUCGAAGGACUGAUUGUCGAGUUGCUGAGCGAGGAGUAUUCCGCCAUGAGCCCUGGGACUUUGGAGGCCGCCGGUCUAAUCACCAGCGAAUACAUGACAAUGGCUGCCCUCACGCAGUCUGCGAGCCCUGACGCCACCAAAAGAAUAUCCGAUUUCUUCGGGCGUGUGAAAGACAAGGCCGGCGAUAUGGAGAGGAUAUUGAAAGAGAAAGACAAACAUGGUAUCCUGGCCAAGAUGAAGGAGAGCGCAGAGACGGUGCAGACCAAGCUGCAGGCUAAGGCGGAGCAGCUGAAGGGGCAUAUGGAGAAUAAAGACCCAUCCAGCCAGGGUCAGAAGAAGCGACCCGCCGAUAUGACAUUGGCGGAGCCUCCUCACACCAUGCAGAUUGCCCAGAUUCUGAUAUCGCUGUUGCACGCUUGGGGUCUUGACCCUGACCUGGACAGAGUAUGUGAGGCUAAGCUGGGGCUGCUAAGACCAAUGGUGCCGGUUUGCUUCGGCGUGGUAUCUCGUCAUGGACAUAUGGCGGUACAGCUGCCUACGCGACUUGGCUCAGUCGCACCAGGUGUGAAGGAUCCUCAACUCCUCAAGUCAGACUUGCCACCAGAACUUUUAAGGCAGGAGGAGCUCACCAGACUGUUCUCAUCGAAGUUACACUGGGAGCUCAGCACGACUCUGACCACCAACCACUUGCUUUCCAUCGUGGCUCUAGCUAACACUUUAAUGUCGAUGAGCAAUGCUACCUUCAUACCAGAGCAGGAGUUUAACAGAAGGAUGCACAGGCCUUCCACCAGAAGCUCAUCAUCAUGGGCUGGUGAUGAAGAAAGGGCUGAACAGUUGGCCGCUCAGCAACAGCAUAUUAAACAGGGCUGGUCUCUCCUGGCCACGCUACAUUGUGUGCUGCUGCCUGAUAAAGUGGUGGCUGCCGGGGCAAAGAGCUUUAAGCGGCCGCAAGUAGAAAUGCUCGCUCGCAGAUGGCAGCACCACUGCUUGGAAGUACGGGAGGCGGCGCAAGCACUGCUUCUCGCGGAACUGGGCAGAUUGGGCCCUAAAGGUCGAAAGGGUCUGGUAGACAACUGGGCGCAGUACCUGCCGCUAUACACGCAUACAGAGAGCAUCAACCCGCACGCGGCGCACAAGGAACCCGCUGAGAAAGCCGCUAAAGCUGAAGAAGAAUUUGAGGAGGAAGAGGAAGAAAUAGUCCGCAAGCCCUCCUCCCUGGCCGAACUCAAACGCAAGCAGACGACAGCUGUAGUGUUGCUCGGUGUGAUCGGAGCUGAAUUCGGUCAAGAUAUCACUAGUGAAGGAGCAGCGGGCAAUAAGAGGCGCAAGGAUGGGGACAGCAGGAAGAGCUCCGUCGUCGAAGGCUUCAACCUAUCCGCGUCGAACAACCUGGCGCGCCUGACGGCGCUGGCGCUCACCCACCUGCUGCUGUCGCCGCCGAGCGCGCGCCUGCCCGCGCACACGCCGCUGCGGCGCGCGGCCGUGGACUUGCUCGGCCGCGGGUUCACUGUGUGGGAGCCUUAUUUGGACGUCAGCCAUGUAUUGCUAGGUCUGCUGGAGAUGUGCUCGGACGCAGACAAGCUCGUGCCGUCCAUGAGCUACGGACUGCCGCUGACCGCGCAGGCCGACUCGUGCCGUACAGCGCGCCAUGCGCUCACCCUUAUCGCCACCGCUAGGCCCGCUGCCUUUAUAACAACCAUGGCGCGGGAGGUCGCCCGCUGCGCCGCCGCACAACAAUCUGGACAACCCUCGCCCGCCUACCACGCCCUGCAGAAGGGCAGAGCUGAGGUCCUGAGGGGCAUCGAGCUGCUUAUUGAUAGGAUGCAUAAUGAAGUGGCUGAACUGCUGGUUGAGGUGAUGGAUAUAAUUCUCCACUGUGUGGACCAGUCUCACCUAAAGAGUAAGGGCCUCAACGAGGUGUUCCCCGCGAUCUGCCGGUACAACCAAGUGUCCCACUGCCCCGCUACUAGGAGGAUUGCAGUGGGCAGCCACACCGGCCAACUGGCCAUGUAUGAGCUCCGCGCCGGCCGCUGUCAGUCCCUCGCCGCACAUAGCGGACCUGUUACCGCUUGCGCGUUUAGCCCUGACGGACGAUAUCUUGUGUCCUAUGCUACCGCCGAUAACCGGCUAUCAUUCUGGCAGAGUACUGCUGGCAUGUUCGGUCUGGGCGCGGCGCAGACGCGCUGCGUGAAGUGCUACAGCACGGCGCCCAUGGCCGACGUGGCGCGCCUCAACCCCGCGCGCCUGGCGCGCCUCGUGUGGACCAACUCGCGCACCGUCACGCUCAUGCUCGCCGACGGCUCCGAGACGCGCUUCAACGUCUAAACAACUACUUGUCAAUAGAUAUCCUGGUCACGGCACCAAAUUGUAACUGCUGUAUGGGAGCUCCAAAAUCCUUACGAGUAUUAAAAGCGUAUCAUAUUAGCUAGCAAACUAACCGCCCAGAGGCCAGUAAACCACCAAAUCGCGCACCGUCACUCUCAAACUCGCCGACGGCUCCGAGGCGCUUUAAUGUUUGGGCCGCUUAGGCAGGAUCAGUUAAUCAGAUUCACACAAAAAUUACUUUUCGACUAGUAUACACCGUGGGCUCGAAUAACCCAACAGAUUCUAAAAGGUGCAUUCUUGCCCGCAUUUAGAGGCUAAAAUGUCGUACAAACUUUUCUGAAAUCGGUCUGCUUUCAGAGAUUAUGACAAUUCUUGUGAAAAUUUGUUUCUGUAAUAAUCAGCGAAAAACGCCUUUUUGACUACGCUCCCACUUUGUGACUUGGUUUAGACAUAGCUACUGACAGACAUUUAAGCUUUAAAAGAAACACGCGAAAUAAAUAAAUAAAAACUAUGUAAAACGAAAUAACGCGUCGUGUGCAGAUAGCACAAACAGAUUUUUUUUUUACUGAUUUUGACCAAACGUCAUGUAACAUUUUUGCUCCUUAGGAAUGCGUAGUUUUAAUCUGUUGCGUCACUCGAUCCCACGGUGUAUAGCUACAACUAGGGAACUUAUCAAAUAUCCGGCCUCCACCACUUAGUCACUCUUUCUUUAGUUUAAAACAUCUAUUUCAGUUUAUAAGUAUAAAAAUAAUUUACGUACCUUUAUUUCCGACUUUUCAAGUUGCAUAGAAAAUUAUGCCUUAGAGUGUGUUCAGUGUCAGUUUUAGUUUCAAAAACAUGUAUUAAAAGAUUUUUUCAGUAAUAAUCCUGAUCGCGGCACCAAAUCGUAAGUGUUAUACAUAUAAAUAUAUUUAAGUCUAAAACUCAACGGAAAAAAUCUUGGAAUAUGAUUACCUAGGAACUUUCUCUUUCAGGAAGUAUAGAUGGCGAAAAAUAACUUUUUCCAUAAAUAAAUUGUCAGGCACUACUGUUGAAAGUUGCAACUUAUAUAAAUCUAUCUGAGAAUAUUACAAUUCCUUAUGACGCUUUCUUGUCUUAAACAAAUCUUGUUUCAUGUAAUGUAUGAUAAAUCUGUAGACAUUUCACAUGUUCAAUUUCCCACGCAAUAACAUCCAUUCUAUAUAGUUAAUCACCUAUAUAUAUCUAGAAAAGUAUUAUUGUAUAUUGUCAUGUCAGCAACAAUCGAAAUGUGACAAUACUGUUUUAUGUAAGUAUUAUGUAACUAAUAAUUAAUGCACACUACCUUAGAAUGUUUUCACCUAGUAUUUAAUGAAUAAUAAUGUAUUCUCUUAUAUAUUAUACGUUGUAAAAUGUGAUCUAAUAAUGCAGAAAUUCACACACACAUCUAUAAAGUAAUAGUGCAAAUAAAUGUAUAGGUACUAGGUAUAGGUAAAAAACUUAAGUAAGUCACCUGUUGUAUGUAGUUGUGACGUGUUCGAAUAGACAAUACAUGUUUAAAAGACACACACAAACAAAACAAAUGUCUAUUCGAACACGUCACAACUACAUACAACAGGUGACUUACUUAAGUUUUUUACCUAUACUGCUUUCAAGGUCAUCAUACUUAAAACCCGAGUUUAAGUCUAUUGGAUGGUUUUAAGUUAAAAUUAUUGAAUUUAAGGCAUCAGUCUUUAUGAUAUUUAUUGUUGGAUUAUUAUAAAUAUGUGAUGUAAAUUAGAGCUUAUAACCUAGAUGUAAUUAUAUUUAUUAUCUUUCACUAUACUAAUAUCGUUAUCACUUAUGUAAAGAUGUAUAAUCCAACUAUAACGAGCGAGUAUUUUGGUUGAAGUAUUGUAAUGUGAAUGUUAGUUUAAAUUUUACGAAAUCCAAAUAAGUUUGAAUAGUGAUAGGUGCUUACGCCGGUAAUUAUAUAUAAUAAUUCAGCCUAUAUGCGUCCCACUACUGGGCACAGGCCUCCUCUCAUGCGCGAGUGGGCUUGAGGUAUAGUCCCCACUCUAGCCCAAUGCUGAUUAGGGACUUCACAUACACCUUUGAAUUUCUUCGCAGAUGUAUGCAGGUUUUCUCACGUUGUUUUCCUUCACCGUGCUAAAUAUCAAAUGAUAUUUCGUACAUAAGUUCCGUAACACUCAUUGGUACGAGCCAGGAUUAGAACCCGUUAAGGCGGUAAAAGGAUUCGCAAAAGUACAUUGAAUCGCUAUUUUAGUAAAAACCGUGUCUCCUAGUUUGUCAGUUGAAACAGAUGGCGCUGUACUGAGCCACAUGUUUUGUGGUCACUAAAUUAUCAAACGUCAACUUAUGACAAUCAUACGGAGACGUAUAGUCAGACCAAGAUAAGUCUGCAAUGAUUUUGACAGCACACGCAGUGCAAGUGUUAUUUUUUGAAGUUUGCCCUGUGUGUGCUAUCAAAAUCGUUGCAGACUUGUCUAAUUUUUGCACCAUCUCGUUUAGCCGUCAAAUUCUUAAUAAAUGUAUCUUUGGUAAAACAGCAAUAGAGUUCGCCUAAACCAGCCCAGGUCAGACUUGGCAAGCGAUAAAGUAUGGAAGCGCCAGUAGUGGCGCUGCCUCGCUUUGUCGCUGUCAAGUCGACACCUGGCGGCUCACCGCGAACCACGUUCGACGUGUUGCCUCCCUGUCAUACUUACGUACGAAUUUACAAGUGCGACAGACACAUGUGGUUCGUAGUAGGCGCUCUGUAUAGUUGCUCUACUGCGCAAUAAAUUAUCACUAAAGAUUUUAUUUGGAUAGCCUUUUGAGCGAUUGUCAAUUCAUAUACACUGCUACGUGAAUAUGAACCUUAGAUAAAUGUGAGAAGGUCGCUAUUGCUAUUGACUGCGAUCAAAGGGUUAAUGUGAUAUUUAUAACUUCUAUUUGUCCUUGUUUUUAUGUUGAUGUUUUUUAAUGUUACAAAUUAUAAUAAAUUAUAGCUAUUUAAA